GCAGAGCAGAUGCUGCAGAGAGGUGCCAAAGCGGCUCCCCUUCCUCUGUGCCUUGGGUUCCUAUAAAUUGCUCCGGCGCGCGUUUGUCAGCCUCCUCUUCUCCUGGCAGGUGGUACCCAGGCAGAAUCCUGCGUUCAGCCUCUCUCGUUCGGCUCUCGCCGCUGCCUGCUAGCUCCUCUCUCCCGUCCUGAGCCUCCCUGAGCCGCGGAUCCUGCGAACCGCCGCCGCUCCGCGCAUCUCGGGAGCGCCGCACCCGAGCUCCCGCAGCCCACCGGGGGGCUUCGGGGUGAGCUUUUAUUGGACUUGUCGUGGCUGCAGAGGAGGAAGCAAAAGAACGAAAAGCAAAAAAAGGCAAGGGACAGGCGAGCACAGCCAGCGAAAGAAAAGAAGCAAGAAGCAAGGGGGAGGACAAAAGAGCAACUUCAGACGGAAAGUUGAUGUGAACUGGCGUAGUCUGCAAAAAAGGAAAAAGUCGAUCGCGGGCGGCGGCGGCAUAAAAGUGCGAGCCGCCCCGGGCGAGCGCAGGAGGCAGCCGCCGGCUCUGCCCUUCGGGUGGCCGCGCCGGCACCCGCCGCAGCCACAGGUGCGAAGGGGUUGGCAGGAGGCGAGAGGGCGCCCUGAGCACCCCACCCCCAGCCCCCACUCUCGCUUGGGACUUCAGCUCAAGUCACUUGGUGCCCCAGCUCCCUCCCUAGCCGCCACCUCAGCGGGGGGAGCAGGAGCCGGCGAAGAGCGGCCGGCGCGCGCCCGCCCAAGGGAGUUGGGGUUCGAAAGGGGAUUGUUUUCGGCUCUGAGGAGGUCCCCGCCCAACCUUCAAAAUUUUGUCCAAAAGCAGACAAGAGGAUCGGCCCGCGCUGAGCCGGCUCGUGGGCAGCAGGAGGCGCCUGAUCGCUGCCGGGGCGCUGGGGGUGGUGAUGGUGCUUCUGCUGGUCAUCCUCAUCCCGGUGCUGGUGAGCUCGGCCGGCACGUCGGCGCACUACGAGAUGCUGGGCACCUGCCGCAUGGUCUGCGACCCCUACGGGGGCACCAAGGCACCCAGCACCGCCGCCACCCCGGACCGCGGCCUCAUGCAGUCCCUGCCCACCUUCAUCCAGGGUCCCAAGGGCGAGGCCGGCAGGCCGGGGAAGGCAGGCCCGCGAGGACCCCCAGGAGAGCCGGGACCACCGGGCCCCGUGGGGCCUCCGGGUGAGAAGGGCGAACCGGGCCGCCAAGGCCUGCCGGGCCCACCCGGCGCGCCCGGCCUGAACGCGGCCGGGGCCAUCAGCGCGGCCACCUACAGCACGGUGCCCAAGAUCGCCUUCUACGCCGGCCUCAAACGGCAGCACGAAGGCUACGAGGUGCUCAAGUUCGACGACGUGGUAACCAACCUCGGGAACCACUACGAUCCCACCACGGGCAAGUUCACCUGCUCCAUCCCCGGUAUCUACUUCUUCACCUACCACGUCCUGAUGCGCGGAGGGGACGGCACCAGCAUGUGGGCUGAUCUCUGCAAAAACAACCAGGUGCGUGCUAGUGCAAUUGCCCAAGAUGCUGAUCAGAAUUACGACUAUGCCAGUAACAGUGUGGUCCUUCACCUGGAACCAGGGGAUGAAGUCUAUAUCAAAUUAGAUGGUGGGAAAGCACACGGAGGAAACAACAACAAAUACAGCACGUUCUCCGGAUUUAUUAUUUAUGCUGACUGAUACUGCAGAAACUGAGCUUGCUAUGCUGAGUUUGAACGCUGGACUCGUGUGGCUAACGUCAGUGAAUCAAGGAUCCCGGGGUGCUCAUUGCAGGGCAUCUCAGCUGUAUAAAUGUGGGGAGAUCAAAUGCUACCUGACUCACAUCUGUACCACUCAGACACAUUAUGUAAAAAAAAAAAAAAGUAUUUAACGCAAGAUAAGCAGAUGUGUGAUCCACUACCGCCAAAGCAAAUACUCCUUAUUGUUAGUGUCCAUGUGAAUGAAGUCCUAUAUAGACCACAAAUUUUUAUAGAAAAAUCUAAGACACUGAAUUAUUUCUUCGAUAUCUAUGAUACUUUGGUGUACUGUGAUCUUGCUGCUUUUAUCCAUGUGUCAGCUUUGGUUCUUGUGAGUUUAGCUGCUUAUUAAGAUACUUGGAGUCUAUUUGUAGUGUGGGGAGGAGUCAUUUUGCCCUGCAGGAGAAGGUCUAACUGAAGUAAUGCUGCUUGUCCCCAAAGAUAUUGUUUGCCUUGUACUCUUGUUAACUUUAGAGCUAGACCUGGGAAUGAGUCAACUUCAAGCCUUAACCUGAAAUUUUCUGGAUUUGUGGAAUUUCCCAAGCCUGUGAUCAUUUUCACAUUUUUUUUUCUUUUCACGUGAAUUUUCUUUUCUCUCUUUUCCGGUGAUAGUCUUUAAAAAAAUAGAGAUUGAAAUUGUAUCAUAGGAUUACCCUCUAAGUGUGAAAAUGUGUAAUUAUGUAUGGUAUUUAAAAAAAAAACCCAUGUGUCCAUUUUGUCAACAGACUCACUUGAACAGCCAGAAAAAGUUAUUCUUUGGAACAAAGUCAGAUGGAGAUUUUGCCUUCCUCAAUUGUUCAUAACCUAAGGCACAAAAGUUUGAUUUGAGCUAAUGCAUGCGUCACCAAGGCGACACUAAGUAAGGCCUUCAAACAAAUAUCACAAAUCUGUGUCCUGUGGUAUUUCGAAAUUAACAGUUUCACAUAGAACCAAUGACAACAAAGUGUAUAUAUUUUAUAUAAAUAUCUGCCACACACUUAUUUAUAUACAUAUAUGUUAGAUGAAAUAUUAUAUAUACAUGGUUUCAGGCCACUGGGCACAGUGGCUCUAUAGCUCAAAAAACUAAUUUAAAAACUAUAUAUGUGUGUACACACAGAACCACGCACAAAUUAUUUGACUUAUUUUAGAUUUAAAUAUAUUUUAGAUGAUACAAAUAUAUAGAGUAGGAAAAUAAUAAAAGUUACUUCUCUUUAAGAGUCAUCCAGAAAAUGAAAUCUCAGUAGAUUCAAAUGCCCUAUGUUCCCCAUGUGUGAGUUAGUUGAGCCCAGGGUUACUGUAGUCCAUAUGCAAUCAAUGCUUUAACUCCAUUCUCUGGGAGACCACAGGACUUCAGGAAGGGGGCAGUUCUCCUUCACAAUGUUUAUGAAACAUGCCCAUUUGAAUAGUCAAGUCUUUCUUUUCUUUUGCUAGUAUAGUGCAAACCCAUGCUCUCUAGUGAAAGCACACUGCCAAAAGCCUCCUCUUUAGUGAAAAGAGCGAAAUGCAUGCGGGUAUGUCCUACUAGCACACAAGUUCUCCUCUUACAAUGAAAAAUCUGUUCCCCUUUCAGUUGCCUUUAAACAAACACUCUUUGACAAGUAGAUUUCAAAACGAGAGAUUUUAAAAAUCUGCUUGCUUUCCUGGGGAAGGACAUUUGCAUUUUUCCCUCUAAAGGAGUUGGGUUUGUUCUUUUGGCUCAUUUUACUUUAGUACUUUUUGUUCUAAUACACAGAGAGCUUGAUCAGCUAUGAUCAACUGAAAUAGCUUUAGUUUAGCAAGCUUUGACUUUCCAAGAGUUAUGCAUGGUGUUCCCACCUAAGGGUGGUGCGUGCUGUGUUGAAACGCCUUGGUCUGAGUAACUGUCAUGAUUUUUAUGAUAAAAACACUUAGAUCAUGCAUCGAGAGUAGUGACUAAUUCAAUUUGGCUCUUCUAAUAUGUAAGGUAACUCACAAAUGAAUUGUCACAGUUUUAAUUUCUAUUUAACAGCAUAUAUUUAUCAAAGAUGGAUUGGCAGCAAGGGAUUAGAGAUUUGUCUUAGGUACCAAAUCACAUAGUAAGGAUUCAAAGGAUCAACUUAUAAGCAACACUUACAUCAAUUAAGUGUUUUAACUAACAUUUUGAAAAGGCUUUAUUAGCACAGAACGUCAUGGCUGGAUCUCUUCUAAAGAGUUGUGUUUACAAACAGAAUGUCAUUUUCAAUAGACCUGACCUUUUCUUUAGAUAAAUAAGCAUUAUUUUCUCUGUCUAGGCCUAAGGAAAAAAGAAAUAAAAGGUAAAUGAAAUAAAGAGACUAUAUAUAAGGCAAGAUUUCUUUUUCUUUGCAUUAUAACAUGAAUUAAUUAAAUUGUGGCCUUUGUUAUU